AUGACCACCCCAAACGCGGACCGUGGUGGGGAGCGAGUCCAGUCUUUCCUCUGGGACCAGACCCAGCAGGGCAAUGCCUACGUCCCAGGCAAAGAGGCCAAGCAGUCCAGAGCCGAGAGGGUCAAGAGGACGAUCCAAGGUGUUGAACAGCAGUUCCCCAACCCAUCCUCUGCCCAGGGGCUGGCCCAAGGAGGACAGCCCAAUGCUCCAUCCAACUUUACCACCAACACUGCUCAGCAUUAUUAUACCUACAACGGUAUGAAUGCAGAGCUGAAUGGUGUUGGUCAACAGUUCCAAGGCUACGGAAAUCAGUGA